CAUGGGCUCCACCAGUGUGGACCUGCUGCUGACCCUGCAGAUCCUACCUGGGUUCUUCUCCAACUGUCUCUUCCUGGCUCUCUAUGACUCGGUGGUUCUGGUGAAGCGGCUGGUGUCGCUGCUCAGGUUCUCCGGGUCCGGGUCCGGGUCCGGGUCCAGGUCCAGGUCCGGAGGGAACGGAGAGUGGUGCCGUAUGCUGACGUCAGCAGGACUGCGCUCCAUCUGGAACAGCUUUGUCCUGGACGCGCACAAGCAGGUCAAACUGGGCUGUGAGGCGCCCAAUUCCAAAGUGGUGAAGGUUCCCGACGCCUCCCGGUGGAGCGGCAGCGGCACAUCCAGCGUACUGUGCGGUGCCCGGGUUCGGAUGGGGGACGAGUGUCGCCUUCUGGACUACCAGUCGUCCGAUCGCCCCCUGGUGGUCAACUUCGGCUCGGCCACCUGACCCCCGUUCAUCAGCCACCUGCCGGCCUUCUGCCGCCUGGUGGAGGACUUCAGCCACGUGGCCGACUUUGUGUUGGUGUACAUCGACGAGGCCCACCCGUCGGACGGCUGGGUGGCGCCCCCCAUGGGCUCCUGCUCCUUUAAUGUCCGAAAGCACCGCAACCUGGAGGAGAGGAUGGGCGCCGCCAGGAAACUGACCGAACACUUCUGUCUGCCGCCGCAGUGUCAGCUGGUGGCCGACUGCAUGGACAACAACGCCAACGUGGCGUACGGAGUGUCCAACGAACGGGUGUGCAUCGUACAAGGGAGGAAGAUCACCUACCUGGGGGGGAAGGGGCCCUUUUUUUAUAGCCUGAAGGAUGUACGGCAGUGGCUGGAACGGAGCUACAGCCGACACCAGCACCAACCCAAGAGCGUCUAAACA